CUUGCGUAAAUCUACAUCAUUCUGCGUCAACACCGCGCUGUGCGUGGAGUGACGUUUCUGUAGUACUGGCUAAGUUUGGCUGUUCCGAAACCGACUGUAGCCUCCUUAAUUAAUGGCCUGUCCUGUCAGUAACACGGUGGAGCUGAACCCCACCCUCCUCCCUCUGGAAUGGCUUCUGGGCACCUGGGAGUGUGAUGAACCAGGAGAGGGCUCCUUCCCCACCAUAAAACCUUUCCGUUACACAGAGACGCUGCAUUUCAGUCAUGUAGGACAACCAGUCAUCAACUUCAUGUUCAAUGCAUUUCAUGCCGAGUCUAAGAAGCCCCUGCACAGAGAGUGCGGGUUUGUUCGAAUGCAGCCGGGGACUAACAGAGUGGCCUUCAUCAUUGCACAGAACUCAGGUCUGGUGGAAAUCGAGGAGGGAGAGCUGACAGGGCAGCAGCUGAGCCUGCAGUCCCUGCAACUAGCCCGAACCUCUUUUGCAAAAGAGCCUUACGUAAAGCAGAUUUGCAGAGUGUUUCAGCUCCGGUCUGACGGGAAGCUGGAGCAGACAGUUUCUAUGGCAACAGACAACCAGCCCCUGAUGCAGCACUUGCGCAUCACCUACCGUCGAUCGUCUUGAGCAAGCAGGAGGGCUUCUCAUGCACUGAAAUAAGUUUCCAGAUAUAUAUCUGGAAACACUCGAUCAAUAAUUCCAGUUGUGUAAGGGAAACAUAAACAAAUCUACAGAGAUAUACCUCUAUACUGUUAUGUGGUAAAAAGGCUGUGGUAUAACCUGUUGAACUGAAAUAAUCAAACUUAAUCUUAACCACUAGUUAAACAUCACAGACAAUAUCAGGAUGUUCAUGGUGUAUAUUUAAUCUGUAAAGCUAUUUCAAUGUGAAGAUAAUAGAAGUACUAUAUGUGACUGUCACUGCACUAUCAUAAAAUUGUAAGCUAAAGCAGCUGGAGACAUUGCACUGUCCUUUGAAUGUGGGCUUCAGGGGUUUUUUCUUUUACUGAGUGGCACUAUGUAGAAAAAAAAAAGACUAUUUAAGGCCACUGUUUUCACAUAUGUGCUCAGAGACAUCCAUGUCUGCGAGGGGGCAGCUUCACUGUUCGUGUGCUGGAUAAAUUAAAUUACUCAUUUUGUCUUUGCUU